UAUUUUUACUUUAUAUUUGGUAUUGAAUUGAUCAGCUUUAAUAUAACAUAUUGUCAACUUCAUGUGACAGAUCACAUGAUAAUUUUGCUGCGGGAUUAAAUAUGGCGACCUCCACUCACAAAAAUUAUGAUGAUAACUAUUUUGACAUGGAUUGCUACUGUUUUCCAUAAGAAUGGAUGAAAAGAUUGUACAAACAUGGGGACGUAUCAAAGACAUUUAUGGAUACCAUAAUAGAUUCUCGUCUUUCCAACAGAUAGUGAUAAUCUCCUUGUUUGUUGGAUUCGCUUCCAUCUUUUAUGUCCGUCUGUUGACAGUUGUGUUUGUUUACGUUUUGGCUGUCCUCGCCUCAGUAGUCGCAUGUCAUGUUCUGACGUCUGUGCAAACCAAUUUUUCAUUCGGUGUUUCUAUUUUACUUUUUGUAACAAAACACGAAGUAUUGUUCAAACAUAUUUUUCGACUUGUGAAAUUAUUGAAAAUAAACUAUGAACCUGGAUCAACUUCAAGGAGCGGACAGGGGCCUGGUCCGAAAGAGACCAAAGGCAAAGCAGACGACGAGUUUCAUGAUGCGCACGAGCAUGACGAGGAUACUGUUAAAAAUGCAGAACUUAUCAUGUCUAUUGGGAAAGACGCACCCAUGGGUUCGGAAGAGGAAGUCAACCGUGUACCCUCGUAUGACCACAAUAUGCAUGAAGAAGAUUGGACGCCUAGAGAAGAAAUCGGUACAUGUAAGUGGACGGACGAGGUGCGGCUAUUCUCGUGUCUUGUUUCUAAAGACUUUGUAGGACCUUGGUAUAGUAUAUUCUCCUCAGCAAGUGAUUCUGUAGUGGAGGAAACACAUGACAUUAUCAACACAUGCUUUCUUGAAUUAUGCAAAAGAUUCCAAAACCUUGAUACCUACAAUUUAUUUGCAGACAUUCUCCAGCAUUAUAGGCAGCACCUCCGCAUGUUUCAAGUAGCUCGCACAUUGUAUAAAACUCAACCUCGAAGACGCUUGAGUCAGCGUAGAUUGUCAUCAAAUCAACAUCUAUAUGCCUCACGCAGAAUUAACUCAGUGGAGGAUGCCUUUGAGAUAAAGUUUUCCUAUCAUUCAGCAGUUUGGGGAGUGGAAAAUGAGAUUAUAUAUUUCAGAUCAAUAGUUCAGAUUCUGCUGUCCCAGCUUCUUUCUGAUCAUCUCCACCUUUGUAAUACCUCAUAUCUACUUUUUGUUGAGAUUUUUACAUGUAAUAUAUUUUUACCCGUGAUAGAACUUCUGUCUGACUCAGACUUUUUAUAUGAAUGCAUUAUAAAUAUACUCUCUGAUGAGAAAGUGUCAUGCUUCGUAAAUGACAAUGAAAUAUCAGAAAGCCUGUUGGAUAGAAAUCUUGAAAGUGCCAAAGUAGCUGCAUAUCAAAAUGCAGUUCAGGAAGAUGUUGAAAUAAGCAUAUCUGACCAACAGAAAAACACUGAUGUACAAGAUCAAAACAGAUACAGUUCAUCAGAACAACAUCUACCCGAGAAUCGCUCACACAGGUCAGAUAUCAUAGUCAUGAGAAGGUCAAGCUCAGCAUCAAGCAGACAUGAUUUGCAAAAUUUUCAGUGUGGAACUGAUAUAUCUAAUCAGAGAAAAGACCAACUAGAUGAGUAUGGAGAGGAACGCUCCAUGCUUAGUGUAGGAAAUGGGGACCAUGGAAACUCCUUAUACUGUGAUAAAGGCCAAUCUACAUUGGCCCGUAGUUGUCCGAGUGACCUUGGUAUUGUUUCAGUAUCAGGGAUCUCUGACUCUGAAGACUUUAGUGCAGAGAGUAGUGCUACAGAUGAUGAAGACAUGCCAUCAAAAGUGCAUAUUUACCUGGACAGUGAGGAAAUCGAAGUUGAAAAGCUGGAACCGCUAGAACUACCCAGUAUGUUGUUUGUGGAUGUAGCCAUUACAGAUACAGAGACGAGACAGGAAAUGAGAAGUUCUACACAGUACACAUUGUACCACAUACAGUAUGAGGCAUUGUACAGCACAGAGUCAAACUCAGUGGAGAUUCGCACCAGAAGUGUAAAAAGACGAUUCCGUGAGUUUGUGAACCUUCAGGCUCGAUUGGAGGAUAAUGAAGCAUACAGGAAAAGUUUAAAGGAUGUGAAGGGGCCAAGGAGAUGGCUUUCUCUACCGUUUGGAAACAUGGAUAAGAGGAGUGUUGAGAGUCGCAGGAAGAGUCUAGAGACAUUCCUAAAGUCAUUGAUCCAAAAGCUUGAUAUAUGUAAUGGGUUUGAGCUGAAGGAGUUCCUAGCCUAUGAAGGAGAUGGCCAUAUAGCAUUUGUGAGGAAGGCUCCAGAAAUAUCGGUACCAAGAAUAGACAAGAUGUUUGUGAAAACCAUGUCGGAUGUGUUUGAUAAGAUUGGAGAACUUUCUAAUAAGGCACAAGAGGUGUUGCCAAAAUUACCAGGCAAAAAGGAUAACGUGUCUGAGGAUGAAGAAAAGCCAGUGAAAGAUCUGGACCUGAUCAAUGUCGAUUUCAGUGAGAGUAAGGUUUCAAACUUCCAUGGAAAGUUGAACCAUUACAUGAGAAAGCAUGGCGAUACUGAUUGUCCAGACAUUGAAAUUCCCACCACACCAGUAUAUGAGGAUCACACCAAACUGGAUGGUGUUGAAGGCACAAAGGCUGUGAAGGGCAUAGCCAUGCCCACUGCUGACCUCAUCACUACAAAGGCUGUAGCCAUGCCCACUGCUGACCUCAUUAUUAGUGAUGUGAGUGAACAGCUGAACCAUGAAUCGCCCACAACAUCAUCACCAGAUAGUUCUGUUUGUGAAGUCACAGAGGAAAUGGAGAUCACAACGGGUGGAUAUUCUAGUCCUGAUGAGGAAAUAGUAUCUUCUCCUGGAGUAGAAACACCUACUUUAUCACUGAAAGAUAAAUUAAUAAUAGCAGAUGUUCAAACUGACACCAAACACACUGUGACUGACAGCCUGAACUGUGUGGAUGAGAAAGUGGACCCCUCAACAGAGUCCAACCCAGCAAGUGGAGAAGGAUUCACAGAUGGCCAUCCUAGUAAGACCGACUGUACAGAUGAGAUUGCUUUGGCUGAAGCUGUCAUUGACCUGGCCAUACAGGCUUUACAGAGUCGGGACUGCUGGGUGACCAGAGAUAGAGUGGUCAGUCUAACUAAACACCUGGCUGGUACUGCCCUUCACAGGUUUCUGAUGAUGGAGUUGGAUACCCUGACAUCUGAGAAGAUGUGCGUGUUCUACAUCAGAAAGCUUCGUGAAACGCUCUGGCCCAAUGGACAGUUGUCCAUGGAGGGAAGGAUGGUCAAAACUGACAAACAGAAAGCAGCCACCAAGGAGCAGGCUAGGAGGUGCUUGGCAGAGUUCUUUCCAGACAUUCUGAAACAGCUUGUAGGAUCGGAGGAUUACCAAUUCAGUAUGGACGAGAUCAUAGAGUCUAUGGAACACCAGAAACUGAACAGGAAUUUUAUGUGUACACUCCUUGAUCAUCUCAUUGAAAAGCUGUUUCCCGAGACUUCCUUGACAGAAUACCAGGAAAAUCUGUUAAAAUGACAAAUAUCAAUGACAAAAAUCAAUAGAUACGUGUUUCAUGGGAAAGUGCAAUAUAAUUUAAAUAGAUUUGAAAUGUAAAAAUGUUUUGUGGGUAAACUGCCCUAUCAUUAUACAAAUAACUUAAAUCUAGAAGUGUUGUAAAUCUAUCAAACAUGUAUUUUAUCUUGGAGGUACUUAAGUAAGCGUGUAAGGGAUGUUACAUAGUUUUAAAAACUUAUGGUAGUGUUUUCACUAUUUACUAGUAUUAAUGAUGUCUUGAGAUAAAUUUGGGUAGAUAAUUGAACCAUUCCAUCAAUAAGGGUAAGAUUCCAUUUUGACAUCAUCAAAUUUAAAUGUCAUGCUAUAGACAUCAUUGAUUUUUUUGGACCCUAUUUAACUUUGGGUUCACAAGAUACUUCAAAAUGAAUUUAAAACAUUUUUAUUGAGAAACAAGAAAUUUUACAGGUAGAAAGAAACAUGAUUUAACGUGUGUUGUACAUAUGGAUACUUAAGUGUUCAUGGCGAUACAUAAUGUAUGUAGUUCUCAUGUAAAAAAUCCUUUACAUAUUUAUUUAAACAUGUACUCUCAGUGUCAUUCCAGUAUAAGUAUUUAUAAAUACAUGUAUAUAGGUUUUACUACAAGCAGUUGUGCUAGGGAAAACACGGCCUUGUUGAUUUGGGUAUGUUUCUUUUUCAAUUAUCAAGCUCUAUGGGUUUUAAAUUAUUGUACAGGGUCUUCUUAGAUUUAAAAAAGUGCUUAAAAAGACCUAGCAUUGUAAAAUUAUUAAAUCAUAAAAUGACCAAAUGCCAGGCAAUUUAGCAGCUAUAAUUAAGUGGAAACAUUACUCACAGUUAUAGUAAAACACUUCUUGCCUUUUCAUUAUUUACAUUUCUUAUUAACAGGGUUUUGUCAUGUGACCAAUUUUAUUAGGAACCAAGUUCUAUUUCAUGUGCAUAUGUCUAUAUCUAUAUAUAUUGUUCUUAUGCUUAUUUUUGAUGAAGAUAGAUGCAGAGAUAUGUCUAUAUUUCCCAUUAAAAGCAUUCCCUUUUGAUUGAUACAAUCUUAGAUUAUGAUAUCAUCAUACAAGUACUUGUAUGCUUGUUACAGAUAGUUCACUGACAAAGUAAUCCAAUUAUUGACUAGACUUUCACUGUUAUCUCUGUCCAAGUCCGGUUUGUGAUAGAAAUAUUUUCCAAUAUUUUUAAGUUGGUUACUUUGAAGUUUAUCAAAUCAAUAUGGCUGAGAAAAUCGAUAUCAGAUUUGUUGAAACAGGUGCUGAAUCUUAAUUGUUUUGCUCAAAUGACAAACAGUGAAAGCAAUCUUCCUAUUCAGGGAAAUUAAACUAAACCUGUAAUUAGAUUCCAUUGAUGUCUUUUCUGAACUGAAAUAUUGGCCCUGAUGCCACUUUACUGUGAUUGCGGGGAAUGUGGUUAUUGUCUGCAAUAGUUUGAUUGUCACAGGCUCCACGGUCCACUGCACGUCAGUGUGGAUAAGGGGAGAUAAUCUAGCUGAUCCUAACACUGUCCAGUACACAAACAGUCAAUACUCUCACACAUUUACAAAGGGAUUACACUGGUAGAACUAUUCCUAACUCUAUUUCACAGAUGUAUCCAUUACCAUAGAUAUACUACAAACUCAUUAGUGUCUCCCAUAUCAGCUGAAUUAACAUCUUCAUGAUCUGUAUUCAAACCUUGUAUCUACAUACCGGGUAAAUAGACAUUGAUACCAUUAAUGAUUUUUGUGUAAUUUCGUGUUGGUGUAGUAACUAGAAAUGUAUCACUGCCUUGCCUACCAACUACUGCUGCCUUACCCACCGAACACAAAGUGUUACAGUCACCCCUACAGUAUACCAUACCUAACAUACAGAGCUAUCAUCUGUAGUACCAUUCUGGUUUUUAUAUUUCAUUAUGUAAAGCAGCUAGAGUUAAAAGUGAUAGGUAAUGCUACAGUUAGUUCAUAAGUGUGAAAUUAAAUACUAGGAAUCAUUUGUAAUUUGCAACACUACCAAUCAUCAUAUUUAUGCGAGUACAUUUUACUAGUAUCGGGUAUGUGUGCAACAUUUUUUAAUCUAAAUAUUUAUUGUUUAUGUUGGCAGGCUAUUUGCAUUAGGAAUGAAACUAUGUAAAUGUAUGAAAAUAAUAUCUCUUUUGAGGUUCAAAAAGUUCCGAUUAUAAAUUCUGGAAAAGUGUUUGGGUGUAUAAGGUGGCAGUACCCAAAUCAGAUCAGUACCAAAAUUGGAUCACUUUUUGCAAAAAUACUUAUAAAUCAAUAAAUG